AUGUCCCCCAACUCCGCGAAGCGCGUGCAUCCGCUGCUGCUCGCGGCGGCGAAGAAGAAGGCGAAGCCGCCGCCGCCGCCGCCGCCGCCGCCGCCGGAAGAAGAAGCGCCGAAGGAAGAAACGCCGGAGGAACCGACCGCGGAGACGGCGGCGGCGGCGGCGACGGAGCCGACAAAGGCGGUCGCGGUCGCGCCGGCGGUCUCCGUCGCGAAGUCCACGAACCCGUUCUUCAUGAAACCGGACGAGCGGAAGCGCGCGGCGGCGGAGACCGCCGCCGCCGCCGCCGCCGCCGCGUCCCUCGCCGCGUCCGAAGCCCUGAAGCACGAGAUCGAAACCGUCAAAGCCGCGGACGCGGCGCUCAGCGCGGGGAGGAAAACGCACCACUUCUUCGCGAUGGCGAAGGAGAAGGCGAUCGCGGUGCGAGACGCCGGCGGCGCGCUCGCGGCGGCGGCGAUGGGGAUACCGCUCGGGUACCUGGAGCCGAAGCCGGCGCCGAUCGAACGCGCGCUGCCGCCCGUGCACGUCGGGCGCGAUCGCGACGCGACGGCGGACGAAACGGCACAUAUCGAUGCGUUACAUGAGAUGCUCGCGCCGCCGAGGGUGGUGCGGACGGGGCGCGGGAGAGGCGACUCCGAGUUCGGCCCCGCGCCUCUGCUGGCGCCGACGGUCGCGGACGCCGCGGCGGACGCGCGCGACGACGACGACGACGACGUGCGCGACGACGACGACGACGACGACGAGAAAGCGACCGCGGAGGAGGAAGAGGACGCGCGGCUGACGGACGUCGCGCGGUUCGUCCUCGCGUCGCAGGGACGGUGGAACGUCUCGUCGAUCGUGUCCGGCGCGCUCGCGUCCGAGCGCGGGAAGCUGAGGAACAGGUUGGGAGAGAUCAAACGCAGAGGCGCGGCGUCGGCGGCGGCGGCGUCGGCGGCGGCGGCGGCCGUCCCGAACGCCGCGGAACCCAUCGCGCCCGCGGCCGCCGACGCCGCCGCGGGCUCGGCGUCAACGCACGGGCUCCUGUGGGCGGAGGCGUACCGUCCGACGCGCGCCGCGGACGUCGUCGGCGACCCCGCCGCGGCGAAAGCCGUGCACGCGUGGCUUCGGGGGUGGCGGUCGCACAUCUCGACCGAGUCCAUCGGCGGCGUCGCGCCCGCGACUUCGACCGCGCGCGAUCGCGCGAAGCGCGCGAAGAAGUCGACGUCGAAGGCGACCGCGACCGCGGCGGCGGCGAAGCGGCGGCGGCGGGACGCGUCUGACGUGUCGACCGAUGAUUCGUCCUCAGACGCGUCGGACGCGUCCGACGACGACGCGACCGUCGCGGCGCGGCGGUACCGACCCGCGCUCGACUCGCGCGGCGUCCCGUCCACGGGCGUGCUCCUCACCGGGCCGGUCGGUUCGGGGAAGACCUCGGCGGUGUACGCCGCCGCGGCCGAGCUCGGGUUCACGGUCUUGGAGGUGAACGCGAGCCAAAGGCGGAACGGCGCGGAGAUUCUCUCGCGGUUCGAAGAGGCGACGCAGAGCCGGCGGCUCGUCGGGGCGGAGAACGCGACCGGCGCCGGGAUUGAAGGCGGCGGCGGCGGUGGGGGUGGGGUUGGGGGUGGGGGAAUAGCCGGGCUGUUUGGAAAGCAGGCUGCGAAGGUGUCGGAGAAAAAAGAAGACAAGGUGUCGGACGCGGGGAAAAAAGGUGGAAAAAAACGCACGGCGGCGGCGGCGGCGGCGGUCAACGAGGACUCGGAGCCGAAAGCGAGCGUCCCGCCCGCCGCCUCGGCGACGAAGAACACGCUCAUCCUCUUCGAGGAGGUGGACGUCUUACGCGGCGAGGACCGCGGCUUCAUCGCCGCGAUCGCGACGCUGCUUCACGCGGCGAAGCGUCCCGUCGUCCUCACGUCCAACGCGCCGUCGAUUCCGAGCUUGACGGACGCGCCUCACGCGUCCGCGGGCGGAGCCGCGGCCGGCCCGCUGCCCCUCGCGCGCGUGCGGUUCCGACCUAGCUCGGCCGCGAGCGCGGCGGCGUACGCGUCGCUCGUCUCGGCCGCGGAGGGGCGGUUCGUGGAGCCGCGCGCGGUGGCGGCGGCGGCGCGGGGCGGCGGCGAUUCGGCGGCGUCGACGCACGGCGCGAAGGCGUCGUUCGCCUCGGGGGACGUUCGACGCGCGCUGCACGCGGCGCAGUUCAUCUCGGGCGAGCGACGGACGGUUGGUGGUCGUGGGUGUAAAAACGCUCAAAAUGAGGGCGUUUUCGGCGUGACCGAGGCUGCGGCGCGGUACGCCUCGGACGCCGCCGCCGCCGCAGUCGCGGCGUCGCUCCCUUCGAAAGCGACGCGCCUGCUUCAGGCGCACGCCGACCGCGUCGCCGCGGAAGACGCGGCGCGGGACGUCGCCGCGGAGGCGGGCGCGAUCGCGAGGGCGGCGGCGCGCGCGGCGGCGGCGGCGGCGGCGAAGGCGGCGCGCGCGGCGGCGAACGCCGCGCGCAUCGAAGCCGCCGCCGCCGCCGGGUCCAAGCGCGGGUCUUUAGGUCUCGCGCCGUCCGUCCCCGCCGCUUCCGACGACGCCGCGGCCGCCGCCGUGGACGCGCCCACGUCUAGCGAGGACGACGACGCCAAGGUCGCGGGCGAGCCGGAGGAUUCGGAGGACACGCCGGCGGCGCCCGAGCCGACGCCGCCGCCGACGCCGAUGGAGCUCGACGCCGCCGCUGCCGCCGCCGCCGCCGCCGCCGCCGCCGCCGCGGAACUCGAACCGCCGUCGACGCGAGCGGACGACUUCGCGUCCCCUCCCGAGGGCUGGACGCGAUCGCUCUCCGAGCUCGACGCGCUCUCCUCGCUCGCGUCGAACCUCAGCGCCGCGGACGCGCUCGGCCGGCGGCCGUCGGCGGCGACGGCGACGGGCCCAGGCCGUCGCCGCGUCGCCGCGUGGGCGCGCGGUGACGACGACGACGACGACGACGACGACGACGACGCCCUCGCGGAGGAGACGGGCGGGCCCGACCUCGUCGGCGAGCCGCGGAGCACGCUCGGCGGCGGGAUCGAGCUCGCGAGGGACGCCGCGGGGGCGGUGUCGGCAUUGGCGCCGAGGGUCGCGUUCGCGUCGGCGCCGCCGCCGGCGAUCUCCGAGGACGAGACGCCGCCGUCCGCGUCCGCGUCCGCGGCCGCGUCCGCGGCCGCGGCCGCGACGGCGCCGUCGUUCGUCGCGUCGUCCACGCGUCUCCGCGAGCUCGUGGAGUCCACCGGGGUGGUCGUCGCCAGAGGGUACCGCGGCGGCGGGGAAGCCGUCGAGCGCGUGACGUUUCUGUCGCGGAUGGCGAAAUGUCAAGCCGCGAAGGGCGCGGCGGCGACGGGGCGGCGGCGGCGGAGGGCGACGUACUUGACGUGCGUCGGCGCGGACGCGACGAGGGACCUCGCGUCGUUGGCGGCGUUUGGGAGUUUGAGAGUCGGCGUCGCGGACGAAGAGGCCGGGAGCGGCGAGUGA